GGAGGGGGAGUUGUGCAGGCUUUGAACGCUAUUGUUACCAGGUGCAUACCCAAGUCAAGUCACAUUGUCUGGGCUGCAAGCCACAGCCAUACCUUAGUGUCUAAGAAGCCGCGCGGUCAUGGGCAACGCUACCUCGACGGCCGCCAUCCGGACGGCCUCGGAGCUGCGCAGUGAGCUGAUCCAGCCGGCGGCGACCGCGACCGGCGGCUCAGACGAGGCGCCGGCCCUGGCCCCGACGGCGGCGGAGCCGGGCGGCGGCGCGACCCAGCCGUACCGCUACCUGCCGGCCGAGUGCCCGAUGUCGGCCGGGGCCGGCGGCGCGCGCCCGCUGCCACCGGAGUGCCCCAUGUCGGCCGGUGGCGCGCUGCCGCCUCACCAGCAUGGCAUCGUCACCGACCGCGCCGGCGCCGUCCUCCAGAUCGACCCCUCCAACAUGGAGGCGCCACCUAACCAGGUGCCGGCGGCAGAUCAGCCGUUCCCGCUGUCGACGGAGCGCCAGGUGUCGAACAUCCCGCGCGCCACCGAGGAGACGUCCAACUGGGUCUACCCGUCGCCACAGAUGUUCUGGAACGCCAUGCUGCGGAAAGGCUGGCGCUGGAAGCAGGAUGAUCUCUCCCAGAAGGACAUGGACAACAUCAUCAGGAUCCACAACGUCAAUAAUGAGCUGGCUUGGCAGGAGAUUCUCAAGUGGGAGGCGCUGCACGCGCACGAGUGUGGCGAGCCGAAGCUGAAGCGCUUCGGCGGAAAGGCGUCAGACUACUCGCCACGCGCGAGGUUCAGAAACUGGCUCGGGUACGAGCUGCCAUUCGACCGGCACGACUGGAUCAUCGACCGCUGCGGCAAGGAGGUGCGCUACGUCAUCGACUACUACGACGGCGGCGACGUCGACCCCGACAGCUAUAAGUUCGCGCUGCUGGACGUGCGGCCGGCGCUGGACAGCUGGGAGAACGCCUGGGACCGCAUGGUGGUGGCCUGGUACCGCUGGUUCUACGCCAACUAGCCGGCCGAGGGCAGCGUUGUAGCCAUAGAUGUGAGAGUGCCGCUGCAGGCUAGCAGACGGUGGUGCUGACGUGCUGUGUGCGGCGGUGCAGCGCCAGGCGACGACAAGCCU